GGAUAUACUGAGAUCAUGGGUUUUCGUUUAUUUUCAAAACGAAAUGAAUUUCCCCCGAAUAAAUGUAAAAAACUUGCUAUUUUUACCAAAUGGUAGGGAUUAUGCUGAAGAAAUGUACGGUGAACUGAUGCUAUUGGCUUCAGCCGGCAAAACCGUCGCUGUGCUUACACAUUGUGGGUCCACCCCGGAAUUGCUACCACUGGCCAAAAGACUCGGAAUAGAGGUGUACAAAAACAAGCAGGCAUUGCAGCGGUUAAUUUUUAUUUGUUGCGAAAAUGUUGGUGCAGCAGUAAAGAAGUUAUUGGACUUGCAUGCCUGGAGGGUGAAGCCCAACAUAAUUGUAAUAGAUCUAUAUACCUUUGUGACAUCUUUUGCUCAAGACAUAUCUAAACUGAAUGCAGACUUUUCAUAUUUACAAACUUUGGUUCAGUGCAUUUCAAUUUUGCUCAAUUUGAUGGAUUGCUUAAAAGACGAUAGAUCAAAACAAGGACUUAUAGCUUACCACCUGCCACCAACAAUACAAUCCGAAGUAUUUAGCGUUGUGGUUUUACAAAAUUGUGAUGCCCUGCUGACGUUCCCGCAAGUAGAACUUAUAAGUGAUCUUUAUUAUAGUAGCCACACAUACGGCGACUUCAGAAAGAUUGUCGAUGUGAUAAGUUUGGCAACUGCCAAUUGAAGAACUUGCACCAACAUUUCUUCUGUUUUAUAAUUAGAUUAUCAUCAUCGUGGGUGAAGCACUCCACACGGAUGUUUUCUUACUAUUCAAAGUUUCAAAGCAGCAGCAACAAAUUUCUGAUGUUGAUGGUAUUUUUUUAAUAUUAUAUUAUUAAUAUUUAUAAUAAGUUAUCAUAUACCAUGAUAUCGUCUGUCUCUCGUGAUUAUUUAAUAUUUUCGGUAUACUUUGUAUUUGCAUUUAACUAUGUAUAGUAUAUAUAUAAUUAAAAUUUUUGAUGUUUCACCUUUGCAUUAGCAAUUAAUUUGGAAAUGAUGAUACAAUUUAUUUAUUUGCUGUUUCUGUGUAAUAUUGAUUUGAUUGCUUCUGAAAAAAUAUACUGAAUUUCAGUUCAAUGAAUUAGUGUUGGAACAAAAUAACUUACAUAUUAAAUAGUUACAAGAAAUAUGAUCAACAUUAUUUUACGCAUCUACAUAAGUAUCGAAUACAUAAUAUUAUUUAACGAAAAGCUACGCGGUCGCGGUCAACUCAGAUUGGUCGGAUAAUUCCAUUCCCGUUACAUACUUUUUUAUUCACUUCUUCGGUCAAUGUAAUACAUUUAAACCUAUUUGUUUAUUAUUACUAGUUUUGAUUGACAAAACAGUAUUUAUUUUAAGAUAAAAACUAUUUUACUCACUAAAGCUAGUGGUGAAAGAACUUAUUUGUAAUUUUGUCACGACUCCAAACAUUUCAAUUUUGGAAUAUUUCAUAUCGGUAAAAUUUUUUAUAUGCAAUAUACACAUACAUAUGUAUGUAGUUUUGCUACUAUUCAAUUAUCAAAAAUACAAUUCAUGUUUCAAAUCCAUCUCCUCUUCUACUAUGCAAAAGGAAAAUCCAUUUGACUUCUAUAAAGGAUAUUCAACUGCAGUUAAUACAAGUUUUUGUGAGCGAACCCGUGGACAAUCUUUCCUUCCUUUUAUAGAUUCGUUUCAAAAUUAUACAAAAGUACACUGUACAUUUGUGUACGUAGUUCGGAUGGGCGUAAUCAGGAAAAUCAAUAAUUGAAUGAAAGAAAACUUACAAUAAAUUUGAAUUCGUCACUCAAGUAAUUUCGAAUAACGAAUAAAUUUUCAUGCAUUUAUAUUUAUUAAUCAUGCAAGAAAUUUCAAAUACGAAUAAAUUUUCAUUCAUUAUCUAAGUAAUUUUUAUUUAUUUUUUGAUCAGUAGACACGAACAUCUGCCUGCAAACGACCAUUUACUUUGAAAAUUAUUGGUUAUUCGAAAUUACUCGAAUGGUGAAUGAAAGUUUAUUCGCUUUUUAAAAUACUUGAAGGAUGAAUACAAACAAAUUUAUUCGCCAUUCGAAAUUAUUUGGAUGAUGAAUGAAAGUUUAUUCGUCAUUCAAAGGAAUUUGGAUGCUAAUGAAAA